GUUCCCUUUGAAAGCCUAAAUCCUUUCAAGAUAAUUUGUAUAUUAUAAAUUUCACAGUUGGACAAAUAUGUGGUUAUUUAUUUGGGCGUAAAUUGAAGAAAUGUAUAUUUGAAAUUUAGAAAAUAUAUUAAGUUCAACCAUUAAUUUAAUUAUAAUGUUUAGAGUCAGUUGCCAACACUACAACCAACUCAUUUACAAUAGCUUCAUUACUUAAACUACAGCAAACUUAACUUUUGUUUACAUGAACAAAAUAAAACAGCUGUUUCUCUUUGAAAGAAUAUUUUAAUGUUGUAUUGUUUAUCAAUUACAAAAAAUAUUGUCAAAUUAGCAAAAUUUGUAACAAAUAUACAAAACGUAUAAAUAAUAACUUUGAACACAACAUAAAUAAUAUUUGGCAGUAUCUGCAAACGGCUAACUACAAAAUACCAAAAUCAAAUGUGCUUAGUUAUAAAAUUGUAGCGAAAAAGGUGUAGCAAAGAAGGAGCAACGUAUAUAAAACUAAACAUAUAAGUACCACAAACUGUAGUGUAGCAGAGCGGCAAGCUUUCUGGUCAAUUGAUAGAUUCACACUUAGUUAUUAGCACGCUUUCAACGGGUAAACCAGCAAGCGAACGCUGUGACCGCGAAUAUAUUGAAACGCUUAAAAAAAUUCCACUGUACAUACAUAAGUUAAGAAAGUAACGAAAAGUGAUAAAUUAUAAGUACAAAUUCCAAACCCAACGAUAUAGAGAGUAAAGAAGAGCAAACAUGAAACCAAUCCAGGUUGGUGACUACACAAAACCAAUAACAAGUGGACUGAAUCGGGCAUUCGGCAAUAAAGAACCAUGGCAAGUAGCAGCCAUUACAGCGACAACAGUGUUGAGCACUGUGUGGCUAUGGACAUUCAUCAAUCAGGAUGAGAGCAUAAUCGUACGUUGCAAGCGGCAAUUUUUCCGCUUGGCCAAGAAACUGCCUGCCGUGCGUCGCAAAAUCGAUGCCGAAAUCUCAAAGGCCAAGCGGGAUUUCGAGGGUGAAAUAAGUAAAAGCUGCACCGAUCUCAGUUGGUCGCUAGAAUUACCGGCUAAUGGGCUGAGCCGCGUAGAAAUUCUACAACUAGUAGAUAAACAUUUAAAUAUCGGACACUAUAGUUGGCGUGAGGGACGCGUUUCGGGUGCCGUGUACGGUUUCAAAGAAGACUUAGUUGAACUGAUAACCGAAGUAUAUGGCAAAACAUCAUAUACGAAUCCAUUGCAUCCCGACAUCUUCCCCGGCGUUUGCAAAAUGGAAGCAGAAGUGGUGCGCAUGACGUGUACGCUUUUCCAUGGCGAUGCAAAUAGUUGCGGCACGAUGACCACCGGCGGCACCGAAUCCAUAUUGAUGGCAUGCAAAGCAUAUCGUGAUUAUGCGCGUGAAACGCGUAAUGUGCAGCGUCCAAACAUGAUUGUGCCGAGAACAGUGCAUGCGGCGUUCGACAAGGCAGCUCAGUACUUCAAAAUACAUAUAAUUUAUGUAGAUGUGGAUCCGAAAACGUUGGAAGUGGACGUGCAGGCAGUCAAGCGUGCAAUUAACUCCAAUACGAUACUGCUGGUUGGUUCAGCGCCGAAUUUUCCUUACGGCACCAUCGAUGAUAUUGAAGCUAUUGCCGCUUUGGGCGUCAAAUAUAAUAUACCGGUGCAUGUGGAUGCUUGUCUGGGUAGUUUUAUUGUUGCGCUAAUCAGAGAAGCUGGCUAUAAAAUCAAGCCAUUCGACUUUGGCAUCAAUGGCGUCACCAGUAUUUCAGCUGAUACCCACAAGUACGGUUUUGCACCUAAAGGUUCCUCCAUCAUUCUCUACUCCGAUCAGAAGUAUCUGAAUCAUCAAUUUACCGUAACCACCGAUUGGCCUGGCGGCGUGUAUGGCUCACCCACCGUGAAUGGCUCGCGUGCAGGUGGCAUUAUUGCCGCUUGUUGGGCAACUAUGAUGAGUUUCGGCCACGAAGGUUAUCUGGAGGCAACAAAACGUAUUGUGGACACAUCGCGCUACAUUGAGGCGGCCAUACGUAAAGUAGAUGGUGUCUUCGUUUUUGGCAAGCCCGCUACAACCGUUAUCGCUAUUGGCUCUAAUGUCUUCGAUAUUUUCCGUCUGUCGGAUGCGCUAUGCAAGCUGGGUUGGAGUUUGAACGCAUUGCAGUUUCCCUCAGGUAUACACAUUUGCGUUACGGACAUGCACACCCAACCAGGCGUUGCCGACAAGUUCAUAAAUGACUUCAAAGCGUGUGUCGCUGAAAUCAUGAAGGAUCCUGGUCAACCCGUCGAGGGUAAAAUGGCAAUUUAUGGCGUGGCUCAGGCCAUACCUGAUCGCUCAGUGGUGGGUGAUGUGGCGCGUGCUUUUCUCAACAGCAUGUACUUCACGCCAGCCAGGAAUUGAGUGGUGCUUAAAUAAAGAGUGCAUGGGCAUUGGUUGUUCAUUAGAAGAAUGCUUUGAAACUGUGUGUCAGAUUAGUAGCAAGUGUAGUGUUUGUUGACCAAAAUCUUUCAUUAUUUGGAAAUGUUAUCUGUUUGCUUUAAAUAGCUUAUCCAAUACCGUGGAUAUGGCAAGAUUAUUGUUCAGUAGAAUAGAAAAACAAAGUUUUUCAUAUUGUUCAACGAAAAAAUUUUGUCAUAAGUUAAAAAUUGUGCAAAUUAUAGAUAAAGUCAUUAGAUUUAUUUUUUAUUUAGGUGCAUUUAAUUUAUUUUAAAUAAAAUGUACUUAGUAUUCUAUUUAAUAUUUCCAUUUACAUAUUUAUAUAUUGCAUUUUGCUUUACAAUUAUUUCAUUUAAACGUUAUUACAUAACUGUAUAUACACUUGUUGCAUAUAGUAAACAGUCCCAACUUGGAUUUAUAUAAGGUCAGAAACUAUGUCUACAUUUCUUUCCACUACCAUUAAUGUGUAAGCAUAACGAAAGAAUAUUGUUUAACAAAACCAGUAGCAUUUAAAAUGUUUUUUACUGAAAAAAGUUAAAAUUAUAAAAUCUGAAUGUACACAUUUUUUGAUUUAAUAAAGGUUACUGUGAGUUAAAUUAUAAAAAAAAUAAUAAUUAAUAUGUAAUUAAGAUAUACUUAUGUUUAAAAAGUUAAAAAAAUUUAAUUUAAAAAAAUAAAAAUAAAAAUAUAAUACAAGCAUUUUAAUGAAUUAAA